AACAAAAUCUCACGCACACAACACACAUUCGUAUACAAAAAUUUGUAGAGAUUCCGCGGGGUGAAACUGACUCUCUGAAAACUCAUUAUUUUGGAAUAGUGAAAGUGUCAAUUGACGAGGUGUUCAAAAUGUAAUUUUGUUUUGUGACAAAAUUUGACUCAUGGAAUAUCGCAUUUGAAAGGUCACAUAUAGACUGAAGGCACAAAUGAAAUAAUGAAUAUGUCGGACAAAGCGGUAUCAACGGAAGAUCUCUGCAUUAAAGAAGGAAUCAACAACUCGGUCGUCAAAGUGGCAAGAUUAGAAGCAAUACUUCAUACAUUAGUUGAAAGCAAAGUGGAAACCUUGAAAAAGGACAAUCGAAAAUCAUCAAGUGUUCAUUCUAGUCCAAAAACAAUUCUAAACCGUCUGAGAUUAACCUCUUCUUCCAGCCAGAGUACUAAAGAUAAUGAAGGAGAAGCCGAAAAUGAGAACGAGAUAAAAAAUACCACUGGGCUCAGAAAAGCGGAGAUUGGACAUAUGGGGCAAUACAGAAAACCAGCACUGAAGCAAGUAAUUUCAGGGUCCCCUUCAGUAAAUCUUCAGCAUCACUGUGGAAGUUUUGAGAUAUCUCUUAACAGUGAAACAGAUGAAAGAAAUCGUUCAAUGAAUUAUGACAAUAUUUAUAUUGAUAAUAGCUGUCCAUCCUUGACAGAGAAACCUUCGAAUUGUUGCUGCAAUAAAGAGAUUAGUGGGAUGCAUUUUGACGAUGAUUACAUCUCCUUGAAAAUGGACGGCUUUGGCGAUGUCGAAACCGACGCUAUUAUUUCAGAGGAUGCUCUUCGUCGAGCAAGAAGGAAAAAGAGACGACGAAGAAAACGGAGAAUGAAGAAACGCCUGGCGAUGCACCACGCCCAUUUGGACUACCCAGUUGAUCUUCACGAAACUUACAAAAAUUUGACAGAAGAAGAGGUGUCAAGAAGGGCUAAAUGGACCAUUGUAGCCACUGCUGGACUUUUACUAUUCAUGUGCCUAUUACUGAUCGGGAUAACGCUCAGGAUGGCACCCAUCAUCGAUGAAAUAGUACGAAAGGAGAAUGAAGAGUUCAUAAAUGCGCUGCAGAAAAGAAAAAAUUCUUCGACAGUUCCUCCCGUCCAAAAUCUAACGUGAAGUAUUCUAGGGAGAUAAACAAACACUAUUUUAUUUAUUCAAAGGCUUUUGAAAAUGCUUCGUUAAUAUCUCAUUGGAUCAAAUACUGCUGAGCUCCACAUUUUUACUGUAUUGCCGCUGUAUUGUAUUUUGCCUCUUCCUCUUAUCGUUCCAGUAGGAAGUUUGAUACCAUAAACAUCAGAACAGUUUUUUUAACGGAAAAUUUCAAAGAAUACUACUUGUAAACUAGUGUUUCGUUUUUCUUAAAUAAGUACUGUGGCUUAUUUA